UCUCUCUCUCUUCCCUGCAGGGCUUUGAUUGAUAGUCAACAUUUUCUUCUACUUCUAUCUGUGAGAUAUGGUCACCUCCAUGGAAGGAGACGGAGAUAUCAGUAACUUAUCCAUAGAAGAUGUGAGUUAUAUAGCCAAUGACACCUCUGAAGCUUCGAUGAAUCGGAGGAAGGAAAAGGGAAGACGAUAAGAAGGAGGACUUGAGGAAAAUCGCGAGAAAGUAUCAAUUGGAUCUUUGUGAAGGAAAACAUAAUCGUGGUUUUAGAAACUGGUUGUGGGAAGACUCACAUUGCUGUUUUGCUUAUUAAUAAGAUGGGUUCAUUGAUAAGAAAACCCCCAAAAGACAUUUGUGUUUUCCUUGCACAUACUCUUGCUCUUGCCCAGCAGCAAGCCAAAGUCAUACAAGAUUCUACAGAUUUUGAAGUUGGGUUGUAUUGCGGAAACAACAAGCAUUUAAAGAAUCGUCAAGUGUGGGAGAAAGAGAUGGAAACAUGCGAGGUAUUCUAUAAAAGUGAUGCUGUAAAGCUGCCUCGUAUUUUUGGCAUGAUUGCAUCUCCAAAGCUAGGGAAAGACACUUCCAUUGAUACCCUUGAGCUUUUGCUUCACUCUAAGGUAGUCACAAUUGAUAACAGGGAAGAGCUGAAUGAAUUUGUGGUAUCGCCUGAAGUAAAAGUACACUACUACGAUGGUUUUCGAAAUGACACAAUUUACCGCCAGAAACUUGAUGAAAUCAGAUUAAAGUGUGUGUCAAGCUUGAAAAUGAAGGAAUACAAUCAAAACAGUGUUAAUAACACAAAGAAGGCGCUCUUAAGGCUUUAGAACAACCUUAUAUUUUGUCUACAAAGUCUUGGCGUUCACGGAGCCUAUCGAGCUUGUAGCUUGCUUAUGGAAGGUGACCACUCUGUAAGAGGUAGAUUGAUAGAAGAAAAAGAAGAGGAUAGCGAUGACUCUUUAUGCAACAAGUAUCUUGCUCAGGCUGCAUCGUUGUUUGGGAGGGAAAAUGUUGAAGGAUACAAACGGACAAUAAAUGUAUUAUAUUUGUGCAUCUUGAGACGCCCUUCAAUUCUAUCAUCUUGAAGGUGUGAUUUCCUUGUAGGAGUCCACUCUGGAUCAAGGAAUUCGUCUCGUAAAAACAUGUAUGCCAUUCUCGAAAAGUUCCGCUCUGGCGAGUUAAAUUUAUUAGUUGCAACAUAAGUGGGUGAGAAGGACUUGACAUCCAAACCUGCUGCCUUGUUAUGCGGUUUGAUCUUCCAUAAACCAUGUGUAGUUUUAUACAGUUUAGAGGUCCUGCACGAAUGUCUCACUUGGAAUAUGCAAUUUUGGUGGACAUGUUUAAAAAACUUUCUUACUAUUACCUUGUUGAAUUUGUUUCUGCUCUUCGACCACAUUAAGAGUUUAUUUGAUUUAGUUAUUUUUUGAUAAAACAAAUCAACUUUUUGAAAAAGAACUUGACCGACGAAAAGUUGAUUAUUUGGGUUAAAUAGUUAAAAUGUUUUUUCUAUUUAAUGUUUUUUAAUGUUAUUAAUGAUUUGAAUUAUUUGAUUGAUGAUGAGAUAAUUCCUUCAUCAAAUGAGGUCUAAUUAUUCUUUUUGACAUAUU